AUGUCCAAUCAGCCGAGCCAGACGCCAACAACGAAUAACCCUUCUCGCCGCCAAGCACUCAACGCUUGCGAAGCUUGUCGAAAAAGAAAGACAAAAUGUGACGAGAGGAAACCUGCUUGUGCUCGAUGCACGCGCUUGGGUCUUGAGUGCAUGUACAUUGAGACUGUCGCGGCUAAGAAGAACCUUUCGAUCGAGGAGCUGACGGGUACCUUGAAACGCAUGGACGAGAAACUCGAUGUCCUCACAGCUUUCGCCCAACCUCAAGCGCCUACGACGGCAUCAACUCCGGGAGACAGCCACUUUGCUGCUUUUAGUCCCUUGAAUCUUGGCAGUGCAGGACUUCCUCAAAAUCCUUCAACCCCAUUUCUCGAUACCGGCCGAGUGCUUGAAGAACUCUCACUAUCUCAGCGACAUUCCACCGCGCCACAGCAUCUCCUCACCUGGCCUUGCUCGACUCUGUCAAUGAGCGAACCGGACCUUCAGUACCCGAUGGAGUUGGAGAUAAAUCGACCUAGCUUAUCUCGCUCGACAGUACCACCCCGUUGCCUUGAACCUUCAACUUCACCUAGUGGGGAGCCUUGGCUAUCACGACUGUCCUUGUCUCAAGUCAGCUUACUGACGCAGUCGUAUUUCCAGCACUUCCAUCCGUCAUGCCUCAUCCUGAAUGAGUCUCUCUUCUACUCACAGGUUCUAAGCAACGCCGUUCAGACCAACUUUGCGCCGAACUACAGCUCUCUGUUCUACUCUGCCAAACUUAGGGUAUACGAUGCCUGGCAAGCCAACCAUAAAGCUUGUUGCACUGUCUCAAUACUCGUGCCACUGCAACGCACAUUAGAGGCGCAACAUUGCCAGCUAUUCUGGAUUGCAUAUCUUCAAGAGAGCCAAAUUCUCGCAGAGUUCGACUUUCCAGCCAGCGGGCUUGGGAAGCUCGCGAGCAGCAUGCCUCUACCCGUCGUCCCUGGAGCAGGCGCCGACCCUUGCCAAGCUCAGUACCAGUUCUUCUUCUUAGCUCUGAUUUCAAUGAGAAAGUUGUUAAACCGGAUUUUGUUCCACCUUUAUAGCCGAGACCAUAUCGAAAACCCCGCAAACGUUGAACCAACACAGGCCGAUGAGCCUGCCGCGUUUUUAUCGGUAUCACCUUCGGUGAUGUUCGAGCUCGACCGUCAGCUUGAAGAGUGGAGAACCUGUUUGCCCCAGGGACUCGAGUUUCUACCUUACUCAGAGGCUCAACUUGCAGAAGUCCCCGAAUUUAAUCAGACUCGGUCGACGGAUGAGAGACUGCGAGGCCAUCUGAUGGCUCGCUACUUCGCAGCAAAGUCCAUCAUUCAUCGACCAUACAUCUACAAAACACUGCAUCACGGCGCUACGGCCUCUCUUAGUGAUGCCGACACCGCAGGCGCGCGUACAGCCGUUGGUAGCGCGGUGAUGUCUGUGGUAGCAAGUGGAAUCUUACAUGAGCCGUUGGUACUGUUGCUUCAUCCUAUCAAUUCUUGCAGAAGGUAUGGUACUCCAUCAUAA